CCAGCUGAUGAGCAUAUUGGCAUGCACAUCCUUUCGCCUCACUGACUUAUUGAGGAUUUGUUAGCAUCCUCGUGCGCAGCGGGUUCAUUGUUAUCGACUAUUUUGACAUUCAACGGACUCGUGUUUCUGGUUCGAUUUCUAGUACCUCCCUCCUCCUCCUUUUCCUCCUCUUGUUUAGCCAGGGCAGGAUGUUCCCAUCAUCGUCCAGAAGCUCUGCGUUCUCACCCUGGUCGUCCAUGGAGCAGUCGGACUCGGAAGCUUUGGACAUCAGCGCCAAAGUGCAGCUGCACGGCGUCCUGUGGAAAAGACCCUUCGGACGACCCUCGGCUAAGUGGUCACGCAGAUUCUUUGUGAUCAAAGACAGCUUUCUGCUCUACUACGCUGAGAGUGAGAAGAGGAGCUUUGAAAGCAGCAGGAUCUUCAACAUCCACCCGAAGGGAGUGAUUCCCCUGGGAGGAUGCGUAGUGUCUGCCACGGAGGACAUGGGCAUGCCCUUUGGCCUCGUUGUCAGUCUGGAAGACUUCUCGGGCACCAUUGUGGUGGCAGCGGAGUCUGAGGAGGAGCAGCUGCAUUGGAUGGAGAUGCUGCAGGAGUCGGGCAAAGUCACGUGGAAGAACGCUCAGCUGGGAGAAGCCAUGAUUGAAAGUCUGGAGGCUCAGGGGCUUCAGCUGGCCAAGGAGAAGCAGGAGUACUUAGAUAAACUGAUGGAGGAGACGGAGGAGCUCACGCACCAGCGAGCACAGAGAGAAGAGCUGGAGCGCCUCAAUCAGGUUCUGGAGGAGGAGAAGAUGAAGUACGAGGAAGUAGUGAUGGAGCUCAAGGCCGAGCAGGAGCAAAUUAAACUCGACCUGGAGGGCACGACUGAAUCUUUGCAAGGUGUAGCGAGUGAGAAGGAGGAGCUGAGCGGCCUAACGGUCAUGCUGCAGAAGUCCAUCGAGCAACUCUCCUGGGAGAAGCGGAGAACUCUGGAGCUGCUGGAGGCAAAAGGCGAAGACAAGGAGGAGGAGGAGGAGAAGACAGAUGAGGAAGAAGAGGAGGUGGUGGAGAGCAGGAAGGCGCCGGGAAACCUGGACCUCCUGCAGGAUCUGCACCACAUCGAGGAGCAGAUGAAGCUGCUGCUGAAGGAGAAGGAGCAAGCAGACGAGAAGCUGCGUGAGAACCAGCAGAGGGCAGAUGUCCUGCAAAAGGAGCGAGAGUUUUACUCGUCACAGGCCAAUACGCUGCAGCAGUCGCUCACUCAGCUCACCGCCGACAAGCAGCAGACGGAGGCCGAGCUGCGGGCGGAGAUGGAGUCUCGCAUGGAGUUGGAGAAGAGGCUGAAGCAAGCCGAAGAGGCCCUGCAAGAUCUGGAGAAAGGUCUGGACUCUUUGGAUCGCACCAGCGAGCGAGACCAGAGGAUGAGGGGUGACGUCACUCAGCUGAGGCGCUUCUUCGAGGAGUGCAUCUGCGCGGCCGAAAUCGAAGCCAAGCUGCCGGCCAUCAUGAAGAACGCCGUCUACCUCCACAAGGCGGCGGCGCGGAGGAUCAAAAGCUGCCGCGUUCAGAGGAGAGCUUCGAGACGACACUGGUUGAAACACUCCAAGUCCUUUGCCACGGCCAGCCUGGACGGCGGCGUGGGCAACAGCAUGGAGGAGCUGAGGGAGACGGCACGCCGCCUCACCUCCGACAGUAACUUCCGGGAGAGCGUGUACAAGAUCAUAGCGCGCAAGGACGUCGCCUCCAGCUUUGACCAAGACUGACGUCGGGUGGACUACUUCCCCGGGCGGAGGUGAUCACGUUUGUUUAUGACGCCAGUGAAAACAACACACGGCAAUAACAAACAUGGCACACGUUAGUAUUAGUUACUUUGUUGUAGAUUUUUCUAGUAGAUACUCGAGUGAGGUAGGAAUUAAUUUUUUUAGUAUGAACCCUUAAUUUGAGACUUGGCAGUCAACAUAGUGACACCAAAUUCUAUUUUUUUUUCAAUCAAUUUUGUACAGUUUUGAUCAACUGUAAAUCAUAAUUUAGGGGUAGAGAGAGUCGUCCAAAAUGGCCGUCGUUAUCGAGAUGAGACGCUUCCAUUAUCAAAGAAAAAAAAGUUUUAUUCUCCUUUUGAUUGUUUCCUUGCCACGGCCCAGUUUUGUUUUGAAUCGUAGCCACACCUGAACUGAACAUGUUGCACACAGGAAAGAAGGUUUGCGGAACAGAAAAGGAACGGCCUUGAUGU